CCGAGGUAUACAACACUUUGAUAUAGUUGGUAAGUUUUAAGUAUAUAUUUUCUUUAAUGUAGUGUAUAUCUCCCAACAGGCAUUUGACGUCAACCACAAGCUGGUUCGGUGGUGGAUGGUUUUUCAUGGCUGUGUUGACUAUUACAUACUUAUGGUGCUUAUUUAACAACAGAGCCUCAAGUGUCUUUUAAUUGUUUUUAGGAGGAGUAAAGAACUUUAGUUUGCCCUUAAGGGUCAAAUGUGAUCACAGUAUGGAAAAUAUACAGGUUGCUCGUUUUAUGUUGGAAUGAAGGGGAUUGAACAGUCAUUGAGUUAUCACACAACCAAAGGACUGAGAGAUUAUGGGCAGAACUCAAUAGAGUUGUAUCAAGACACUUUAUAAACAUUUUUAACUUCAUGGAGAAACAGGAUAUACUGGAUUCAUUGAAUAAACUACAUCUGUUUUGUCUGCAUAAUGUUUAUUUACCAAGAAUAGAAAGGGCAGUUACAGAAUUCAUAAUCCAGUGGAACAACCACAGCCAAAAUUAUCAUUCCCUCUUAUAUUACAAAUCAUAUUGCAGUUGCAGUAACAAAUAGUAAAUAGUGCAGUAAUAAAUAAUUUGAUAUAUCUAAUAAAUCAAGUAUGGCAAGUUUCACAAGAGCAAAAUACUAACCGUCACCCCUUAUCGACCCUCCUCUGGCUGUGAACCAUACCCACGCUGCCUAACGUUAUAUAUUUCCUCUUGUUUGCCUGCAAAGAUUUGAAAGAGCACCGAAUUAUAAAACUACUGCUACUUUUUUUGCCGUUGCUUUCAUAUCUUAUAUCCAGAUAAUGAGAGGGAAUAUAUAACGUUAAGCAGCAGGAGGGGUCGGUUCACAGUCCCUGCCAAAGGGGAAAUAAUGGGUAACGGUCUGUUAAUACAUAAGAGUGGAAAUGAUUGCCAUUCUAUAAAUAUAUCAAGCUAAGCUAUAGAGUAAGUUAGGCCUGGCCCUGAAUAUCAAAAUAUUCAGAUAAUCAUUUUUCAGAUUGGUAUUUGGACAUGCAAGUAUUCAGAUAGAGUUAAGUGUAACCUGAUAUAAUAAUAAUGUAGGACAGCAAUAUAAAAGAUCAUUUCAAACUCCUGACUAUUUAUAAUUACCUUCUCCUCGUGCGUGACGUCCAUGUGCUGAAGAACUGCUGCGCUUGAUAACAUGGUGCACAUUCUCUCCUGACUGGAGCUGCAGCUGGCAGUGGCACGCUGCUACACUGGCGGGAUGGGAAGAGCGAUGCUACGUGACUGUCUAGCGUGUCCACACCUGGAGUUGCAACAGUCGGUUGCUGCCUGAUUGUUAAGUAACGCCCUGCCUCUUGCAGGCUGUUGAGCAGACAUCAGUGUGACUAACAAACAAAAAACAUGCGCUCUCUUUUCUCAAUCACCUUCCGGUUCAACUGAAAUGCCUUCUGUUUUAACUGAAAUCCUCUUAUACAACAGACUGAAAUGGCAUCAUACAAUUUUUUCUUCAAUAGUGAAUGUGAAAGCUUUUCAAUGGUUUAUAUAAAAGGAUUUCACAAUACCUUAUGAGAGCAUUUCAACUGUGUAUAUGAGCACACUUUACUAGUAUGUGUGGAAGCUUUUCAAUAGUUUUCAUGAGAGUGUUUCAGUUGUGUAUGUAAAAGCAUUGCACUUGUAUGUGUUUGUGGUUUUUGGUAUAGUAUGUGAAUGAGUCUGGUUUCAUAUGUGUAUGUGAGAGGAAAAGUACAUGUAUAUGCAAGUAAUUCUGAAUAAUGUCCCUAACGGCCCCUCAUAAAAAUAUGUUCAGUAACAAAUUACGUCAUGGUAAAAACAUAAUCUGUAAAUUUAGGGUCUUUAAUCCUCUAUAAUUGUAAUUUGGUGUGUUUUACUAUAACAAUCCUGUUUCAAGGAAGACAGUAGAGAGCUGUCACAGACACCACAUUCAACAUGUGGUACCUAACACCUCCACCUUGGUGACUUCCUCGGUAGUUAAAAGACAGAGACACUGAAACCAACAAGCAUUUCAUCUUUAACAUAACAUCCAUUUGAGUGAUGGAGGAAAUCUAUGUCAAUGUUAAACGUAUGAAACCUGUUGAUUCAAGACCUUCAACAAAUCAGACAGGUAAGAAUGUUCAGUCAGACAGAGAGGCUGACAUGCUGAGCUGUGAGUAGUAUGUUUUAAUCUAUCAUUAAUCCUGUUGUAUGAUUGAUUGGAUUCACUGGUCUUUGCUCUGUUCAGGUCCGAGGAGCUCAGAGAGGAGAUUUUAUAGAGCUGUUGUUCUCUGUCUGGGGCUGCUGAGUGUUUUCCUGCUGGCUGGACUCAUUGGCCUCGGUGUCCACUACCAUUACUCAGUGCAGCAUUCAGCUGAAGAACUCUCCACUGUAAAAGCCAACCUGACAAAAGAGAGAGACCUGCUGAACACCAGCAUCAUUGAAAUGACUAAAGAGAGAGACCUGCUGAACGCCAGCAUCAUUGAAACGACUAAAGAGAGAGACCUGCUGAACGCCAGCAUCAUUGAAAUCACUAAAGAGAGAGACCUGCUGAACGCCAGCAUCAUUGAAACGACUAAAGAGAGAGACCUGCUGAACGCCAGCAUCAUUGAAAUCACUAAAGAGAGAGACCUGCUGAACGCCAGCAUCAUUGAAAAGACUAAAGAGCGGAACAGGCUGAAGAAAAUUUGUCCUGCAGGAUGGAGGAUGUUCAGAUGUUCCUGUUAUUUCCUCUCCAGUGAGUCUGGUUCCUGGUCAAGAGGCAGACAGGACUGCAGAGAGAAAGGAGCAGAUCUGGUGGUUAUAGACAGCACUGAAGAACAGACAUUCUUGUCUACCUUCACUGAGGUAGAAACUUGGAUUGGUUUGACUGACAGAGACGAAGAGGGAACCUGGAAAUGGAUUGAUGGAAUACCACUGACUUUAAGUUACUGGGAGACAAAUGAGCCUAAUAAUGGAAAUGGAGAUCCGCAGUUGGGUGAAGAGGACUGUGCACAUAUCAUAUCUGGCAAGAGUACUGAAGACAACUGGAAUGAUCGGUCAUGUGAUGCUUCUCUGCAGUGGAUCUGUGAGAAAAAUGCUGGUGUAUAAUAUGUAAAAAUGCUUUUUCAAAGCAAACUAUGAUUUUGCAAAAGGCAAAUCAGUUUGUAUGUGUGUGAAUUUAAAACUUUUCUCUGCUGUGCUGAUGACCUUUUGCUUCUGCUCUGCCUUUUUAAAGAGAUUUCUAUAAAUUAGAUGUUUACAGCUUUUGCCAGAAGAGCUUCAUUAACCAAUUUCCAAUGUUUCAAACAACUAAAAGAAGCAAACAGAUAAAACAAAACCAAACCUCUGCAAAAUGCAACAGAUUCAUAAAAACCUUUAUUUUGAUUAAUGUCUUAGCUAAAGAUUUCAUGAUAGUUGAAAGUUGCAAAAAACCUGAUUGAGACCAUUUCUUAUGACAUCCCUCAUAUCAUAAUUAAACAAUGUAAUAUAGAUUUUGUGUAAUUAUGUCUUACUAUAUCAUCAAAUGACGCUCUCCUGAAAAUAAUUUUUAAAUGAAGUGUGUUCAGCAGCUGACAGAUCUCUUUAGCAGAGGCCAUCAGUGUUUGUGAAUUUUACUUGAUAAUUAGUGGUUUCACUCAGGAAACACUUGCUGUUGUGAGAAAAUUAUCAAAUUAUUUUAGAUGAAAUGUAAACCAAAACUAUUCAACAGAUGAGUCAAUAUAAAGUCAGUCAAUUACAACAUAUAAGCACUGUACUGGAGUCAGACGUUUGUCAUGAUGUCCUUUGUAAUGCUGGUAGCUGAUACUGGUUGUGGCUUUUUAUGUAAUUAUGAAAACAAUUAAA